UGUGCUACGUGUCCAAGAGCUUUUUUCUCUCCUCCGCUCGCUGCUAUUUAACUCGUCCUCCGAUCUUCAUUGACUUCACACUACACUGGACCUGAAACGCAACGAUCGAGCGGUGGCACCAUGUCUGAGACCAAAAAGCAGAAAACGGUCAAUAAGACUGAACAUGAUACAUGGAGGAAAGAGACUGUCCAUUAAAAGUUUCUGCUCAGCAGAACUGGACACAAGUGAGUCAGAGUCAGCUGUAGCGUUUCCGGCUUGCCAAAGGGCAACCAAUGUUGUAUACCAGGCACACCAUGUGAGCAGGAGCAAAAGAGGCCAAAUCGUGGGAACCAGAGGUGGUUUUCGAGGUUGCACUGUGUGGCUAACAGGGCUGUCUGGUGCAGGGAAGACUACAAUUGGUUUUGCUCUAGAGGAGUACCUAGUUUCCCAUGGCAUUCCGUGCUAUUCUCUUGAUGGUGACAACAUUCGUCAUGGUCUGAACAAGAAUCUGGGUUUCACUACAACAGACAGAGAAGAGAACAUCCGCCGUGUUGCAGAGGUGGCCAAGCUGUUUGCUGAUGCCGGCUUGGUUUGCAUCACUAGCUUCAUCUCUCCUUUUGCAAAGGACCGAAAUGAAGCAAGGAAAGUUCACGAGGUUUCGAACCUGAAGUUCUUUGAGGUGUUCGUGAAUGCGCCACUGGAGGUGUGCGAGAGCAGGGAUGUCAAAGGGCUUUAUAAAAAGGCCCGUGCUGGAGAGAUUAAAGGCUUCACAGGGAUUGACUCUGAGUACGAGAAACCAGAUUCCCCAGAGCUUAUACUGAAGACAGGAGAGCUCACGGUGAAUGAGUGCAUUCAGCAAGUGGUGGAUCUGCUUAAAGAACAGGGAAUCGUGCCCAUUGGUCUGACAGAGGAGGUCAAUGAGCUGUUUGUCCCUGAAAACAAGAUGGAUUUGUUGCGGAGUGAUGCCAACAUACUUCCUACUGUAAACAUCACCAAGUUGGAUCUUCAGUGGGUUCAAGUAUUGGCAGAAGGCUGGGCUACUCCUCUGAAAGGCUUUAUGAGGGAAAGGGAGUUCCUGCAGGUCCUUCACUUUGGCAGUCUACUUGAUGGUGGCACCAUCAACCUUUCUAUACCAAUUGUCCUACCAGUGUCCAAGGAAGACAAAGACCGGUUGGAUGGUUGUGCUGCUUUUGCCUUGGAGUAUAAGGGUCGAAGAGUGGCCAUAAUGAGGAACCCUGAGUUUUAUGGGCACCGUAAGGAGGAACGCUGUGCCAGACAGUGGGGCACCACAUGUCCCCAGCACCCUUACAUCAAGAUGGUUAUGGAAAGUGGUGAUUGGUUGGCUGGUGGAGAUUUGGAGGUGUUGGAGCGAAUCAAAUGGAAUGAUGGUUUAGACCAAUACCGUCUCACACCGAAGGAGCUCAAACGAAAGUUUAAGGGAAUGGGAGCAGAUGCAGUCUUUGCCUUCCAGCUGCGAAACCCAGUGCACAACGGCCAUGCGCUCCUGAUGCAGGACACCAGGAAGAAGCUGCUCGCGCGUGGCUACAAAAAGCCUGUGCUGCUGUUGCACCCGCUGGGAGGCUGGACCAAAGACGACGACGUGCCGCUGGACUGGCGCAUGAAGCAGCAUGCUGCUGUUCUUGAGGAUGGUGUGCUAGAUCCUACCAGCACCAUUGUAGCCAUCUUCCCCUCGCCCAUGAUGUAUGCUGGACCCACAGAGGUACAAUGGCACUGCAGGGCCAGAAUGAUAGCCGGUUCCAACUUUUACAUUGUGGGCCGUGACCCAGCGGGCAUGCCCCACCCAGAGACUAAAGAGGACCUAUAUGAGCCCUCACAUGGUGGCAAAGUGCUGACCAUGGCACCAGGCCUCACUUCUGUUGAAAUCGUUCCAUUCAGAGUUGCUGCUUACAAUAAAGUGAAGAAAGCAAUGGACUUCUAUGACAAAGACAGGCACAGUGACUUUGACUUCAUCUCUGGAACCAAAAUGAGGAAACUGGCUUGCAGUGGGGAGAAUCCUCCAGAUGGUUUCAUGGCACCCAAGGCAUGGAAGGUCCUCACCGAGUAUUAUGGCUCCCUCCAAAAAAAUUAACAUAAGGCAGUAAAAUCAUAAAUGGCAACAGCUAAUCGCUAUCCAUUCGGGUUUAUAUAUAAAUUAUAGGGUCCAAUAUAUUUAUAAUGCAAGUCCUCUUAACUAAAAAAAAAAGUUUGUAUUUGUACAAUAUUUAAAACACAUUAUUUUAAAUACAUGUUUGUGUCGAUUUUAUAAAGCAAAUUGUGUAUGGUUUGUGUCAGCAUUUCAUGCAGUGGACCAUUACCUAGGAAGUUUUUCACCAUAGUAUUUUGUAAUCAUGUUAUAUUAAUUGACACCGCAAGAUUAAAAAAAAAUUACAUUUGUCAUUUACAUUUUAUUAAAUGUAAAUCUAUUUAGUGUUUUGAUUCUAAUCUUAAUCAAAGCAUUACACUGCAGCAUAAUGCUUAAUGAAAGCAGAUUGAACUCCUUCAAAAAUGUAAUGUACCUCAAAAAACAAUGUGAACUACUCAAAUUAACAUUGUUUUUAUACGUCCAUUUUGUCAUGUGCCUGCAAUUGUUGAUCCAUAUUCAAGAUUAACCUGUACAUGUAAAGAAAACUGAUUAUGGAAUCACCACACUUGGAGGAUGUUCACAUUUUUUGUUUUAAGUGCACCUAGUAUAGUUUUUCAGAUAUUACCUUUCAUGUAGUGUGUUAUGUAGCUGUUUGUUAUGGUAGUGGGCGUUUCCUUUUUGGACACCCACCGACAGCGGUAGACCAAUCACAACAGACUUGGACAUCUGACCAAUCAGAGCAGAGUAUGCUCUCUGAAAGGAGGAGUUUAGAAUGAAUCUUUUUGAAUGGAUCAUUGAAUGAGUCGUUUUUGACACUGGGGGGGAAAAAGGUAAUGCUGCAGUUUUAAUUAUGAGCACAUUAAAGUGUUUUUUGACCUCGGAUUCAUGUAAAUUUAUUGUACGAGACCUUUAAAACAAAAUGAGGCACGUUAAAAACCAUAAUAGCUGCACUUUAAUGGGUGAACGUUCUGCCUUUGUGAAUCAUACAUCAAAUACAUUAAAUUAAAUUAUUUUACAUUUAUUAUUUCAAUUUACAUUUUAAUACAUUGAGUGAUUCCAUUUUUCCCCCUCUACUUGAUAUGGAAAAAUGUCAUUAAUUAAAACUAUUUAAUUUAUUUGAGGUAUGUUUCAUGAAAUGAGCAUGUUUAGCUAUUAAACAAAAAUUGUGCGUCAUACCUGUGAUUUGUUUAUUUGCUAUGACGUAAAAAAAGCUUGGUGAACAUCCUCUACGUGUGGCUACUCCAUAUUAUUUUGUCGGGGGUUUUAUGCAAAUCUAACUCAAAAUGAUGUCCAAGUCUAAGGAUAUUCAGAGUGCUUUAGGAUCCAUGUGAAGGACAAAACAAUAGAGGAAAAAAAUGUUUAUUGGCUUGUCUUGAUAAAGUAACAACCUUAACUUAUUUAUUACACUACAGUAAAUGAAUAGUUUAAAUGGUACCUUUUAUUCAUACUUGUAUGUACUCUUCUCUGAUUGUUUUCAUCAUGGUUAAUACUACCAAUAAAAUCCAGUAGUACACAAAA